AUGUCGCUUCCACCUGACCCCCUCGAAGAUGAGUCUUCUCCUAGUCUCCAGCUUUCUCGCGGUCAGAAAUGGCAAUGGGUCGAGAAGCUUGGUGAAGGGGGCGAAGCUGCAGCUCACUUGUGGGCACGUGUGGACGUCGAUCAGAAAGUUGUCGAGCGAGUUGUCAUCAGAAACACACAGAUCUCAAGUUCACAGCUCAUCAAGGGUGGUCCUCACGAUGGGGAGUGGCGAGAAUUACAUGUCCAGCAACGACUUGCACCCAAUGGAUCUCUGGAUACCUGCACGGUUCCGAUCCUUGCAGUAGAAAGAAUGCAUGGUUAUAAGAAAGGUUGGCGCACUUACAUGCAUUAUUACAGCAAGGGCGACCUCUCCAAAGUCAUAAACAAGCAUACAGAGCUCGGCGAGCGCCCUCUUCCCGAAUCCUUCUUAUGGUUCGUGUUCCAUCGCAUGGCCAAAGCUCUUGUAGCAAUGGAUGAAACCUUUCGGGAACCAGGCAAGGAACACCCAGUCAUUAUACAUCGAGACAUCAAGCCUUCUGAUAUCUUGAUGGGUCACCCUGGAUCUCUUGGAAAAGACGUCGAUUGGGUGCUGUAUCCUCCAGCAUACAUGGGCGACUUUGGGUUUUGCUAUCUCACUUCGAACGACAACUCCUGGACGAAGAAGCUAGGGUCUGGAACCAAAGGCUAUAUACCUCCGGAAAGCGAGUUCAGGCCCGUGAAUGAGGAUAGUAUUCCUCCAUCAUCGAAGGCCAAUGUCUGGGGGGUCGGGGAGAGUAUUCUGGUGGCCAUGAUGACGAGGCACAGUAGGUCAGUGGCUGGUGCAAGUGGACCUCGGUACAGAUUGAACCAGAGUUGGCAACAUCUAAUCGAGCAAGGCAAAUGGAAUGGCUACAGUGCAGACUUGAUUGGAGUCGCCGAGCUUUGUGUCCGAAAUCAGCCCGAAGAACGACCCACGCCACAAGAACUGUUACAAAAACUCGAAGCACAAAUAGAUCAACAUACUGAUGGUCUGGAUCGCUGGGGUACUUUGAGCUGGGUCAAGCAAAAAAGCAGGCUGGUCGAUGGACCACUUGCUGCUGACGAUGCUGAAGACGACGAUACUGAUGCUGGAGCCGAUCCUACCACAGGCGGUAAACGAAAGGCAUCUGAACCAGCCGGUCUGCCACCAGAUGCCAAGCGUGUGAAAGCAGAGGAUUCUGUCAAACGAAGAUUAGCUUAUGUGGCAACUGUCAUCAAAGGCGUGAGACCAGUUCCCAAGGUUCAUGUGGACGACAAAGACUUCAGACUCAAUUACAUGAACCAAUUGCGCUAUGCAGACUACGAUUCGAUAUUUGACCCCGAAUCUUUCUUCGAUCGACCGGAUCCUGGCCCCAUCGAGUAUUUCUACCUUGAUAAACAUACAGGUGGAAAGAUUGAGCCGAUAGAAGUGAAGACGACAGAACAUGGGGGCGUGGUUUAUAUCGAUAGCGACGACGAGGAUGAUGAGCCACCAUCUCCCCCCUGCUAA